AUGCAGGAAAUUUUGUAAAUUGUAUUUGAUUUGGGCGAAAAGAAACAAGAAACACUCAAAGUUUACAGGGAUUCUGACCCUGCCCAAUUGGCAUAUGAUUUUGUCCAAUAACAUAAUUUAAAAAAUGAGGCUAUUCCGAUGAUCGAGGAAACCAUUUGGCAUCACCUUAAAUAAAUGACGAUCAAUAAACCUCAAUCGCAAGACAACAUCUUCGAUAGAUUGCACAAAGAAGCAUAGAUCAAACAGCAAAGGAAACAAAUCUAAUUUGCUAAUCAAUAACUCAGUCAAAGGGGAAACAUCCCAUCUCCAGUUCUCAAUUACAACCCUGGAGACGUGCUGUAUCAGAAGGGAAUCCAACACAAAGAAUAGAUGGAACGUUUGCAAGAUUAGAAGAAGUUGGAGCAAUCGUAAGUGGAGUAUCCAUUUAAGCCGUUCAUCAGCGAGAGGAGCCAACUCAUAGCCAAACGACCGCAUAAGCAAUCAAUGCCUGACUACUUGAUGCAGAUGGGCAAGGAUAUGAGCAAACACAAAGAUCAAAUGCGGACGAGUAGAUAUCAAAUAGAAACACAGGAGUGUUCAUUUCGCCCAAACAUAAACUAGAUAAGUCAAAAAAUACUCAUGGAGAAAUCAAGAAAUUCGCAAUCCAACAUUUAUGAUAGAUUGUAUAAUGAGGGAAUGCAAUCCAAAGUAAAGCGUUUGAGCAACAUGGACAAUACUGAGAGCCAAUCUCAAAGUUAACUAUUCAAUCAAUAGAGUUCAAGAAAGCAUAGCAAAACUGAAAUUCCAUUCUUAGAAAGGAUGCAAAUAUCUGUCUUUGAGUAGAGGAAGAAGAAGGAAGCCCUUCAACCCCAACAAGAAUUCGAUCAAAGCACUGGACAAAAAUUGUAUCAUCCUCAAAUAUGUCGACCUCCCCUCUCUCGUAAUGCUGAUCAUUUACCAAUUGGGGAAUAUUUGUAUCAGAUGCGAACAGUAAAGGAGGACAAAUUUCAUUUUCUGGUUGAGUAAGACAGACAAGAACAAUAGAACCAAAGAGCAAGAUCUUUGGACAAGUCUAAUCAAAUUUAUGAGAUGAAAAAGAGGAAAUUCCUUUAUGAGAUUUUCAAUUUAUUAGAUUCAGAUGGUGAUGGAGUGAUCUCAGCAUAAAGAAUAGAAAUAUCAGCUAUAAAUGCUGAAAUCUUAUAGAUAUUAACGCCCUUGUUAUGCGAGAUGGAAUAAAUUAAUGCUUAACUAAAUCAGCAUCAAUUCUAUGAGGCAGCGUCCAGAUUGAUAUAAACUCUGCCCAUAGUCGACAGAGAUAAGUUGAUGAAAGGGUUGUCAAACAAAAAGAAGACGAAUCAAGAAGAGUAUUCAUUUUAGCCUUAAUUGAAUUAAAAUUCGAUGAGGAUAGUCAGCACUAGAUAAAAUCAUUCUGCUAGCAAUCACAAACAUCAAGUGCAACAAAAGGAUGAGAUGGCAGAAUGUACAUUCAAACCUAAAUUAUAUACUCCACUUAAAAUAUAUGAAUUUAUGCUUAAUUAAUGA